CAUACACAGAGACAGUUCUGAUCCGAGGAGGGCUGUGGCUUUGGCAUUACGAAGUUUUAUAAUUUUAUUCAGAUUGUUUGCUGCGUGAAUUGUGUCUAUACAGGGAUCCUCUUGAUUCUUCUCAAACUCUCUGAGGAUGGCUGAGCCAAGUGGGAGAUAUCAGCAGCUGCCCAAUGAGGAGGAGCCAGAUGAGGGACCACAUGUGGCCAAUGAUGCUCCGCCCCCUUACAGCACUAUUACGGCUGACAGUGCAGCAUAUUUUGAUUACAAAGAAGAUGCAGCAUUUCCCAAGCCCCCAUCCUACAAUGUAGCCACCUCGCUGCCAUCGUACGACGAGGCCGAGAGAACCAAAGCAGAAGCUACUGUCCCACUGGUGUCAAGCGGAGAUGAUGACUUUGUGGCAAGAGAUGACUUUGAGGAUGCUGACCAGCUGCGGAUAGGCAAUGAUGGCAUUUUCAUGUUGACAUUUUUCAUGGCAUUCCUCUUCAACUGGAUUGGCUUCUUUCUCUCAUUCUGCCUAACAACCUCAGCAGCCGGCCGUUAUGGCGCCAUCUCUGGCUUUGGUCUGUCUCUCAUCAAAUGGAUCCUUAUCGUACGGUUUUCAACCUAUUUCCCUGGAUACUUUGAUGGGCAGUACUGGCUGUGGUGGGUGUUCCUGGUGCUUGGCUUCCUGCUCUUCCUUAGAGGCUUUAUCAACUAUGCCAAGAUCCGCAAAAUGGCCGAUUCUUCUCUCCCUCGGACCAGAGUUCUCUUCAUCUAUUAAAGUCACUUGCUGGAAAUGAAAACACAAUUACGGGUCUGCGUUGAGCCGUGGACCCAGCGGGGAAAGUAUAUUUAAGAAAAACUAAAUCCUUCCAUCUGUAAUCUACUCAUCUGAAAGGAAGACUGGAAUUCCAGAGCGAUGGAGGGAGUCGUUUUUCCUCUGCUUUCGAAAAAUUCCAUCUGGGUAUUUGAUGGCAAAGAUACUCCUUCUAUGUUUCUAGAUGUAAAGUAGUGAAUGCUAACAGCUCUAUACCUGAAAUUAUUAGUGGUUUGAUGUUGAGUGCUUUUUGCAGACUAGUCUGUGAUGUAGUAAAAGCCUUGUGUAUGAGAUUUGUAGCAAUGGCAUGCACUAUUCUCUCUCUUAACCACUAGGGGGAAGUCUUGCUUGUCUUUUAUUUUGAUCUGUUUUUCUUUUUUCUCAUUGGUGACUUGACAAGGCAACCAGUCACUGCUGCUCGCCAUUCAUGGGGAGCUUUUCUCUUUGUGAAUGGCAGUGUGAAAUGAAUUGAAUCUUAAAGAGUCCAUGUUUUCUUCUCUUUCUUUCUGUCGCUCAAUAUGGCAUGAAAUUAAAGUUACUGUUUUUAAGUGUUUUAAACAUUUGAAUUGAUCAUAUCAUUAUUUCAAACAGACCUAAAUUAAAAUGAAGAUCAUGGAAUGCUUUUUUUUAUCCAGAAGACAUGUUAAUGGAAUAUUACAUUAGCAAAUGCAAAUUAAAGGAAUAGAAAACCCAAAAAUGAAAAGUCUGUCAUUAUUUUGUUUUAAUUCCAUAUGACUUUCUUUCAUCACACGAAAGGAGAAUAUUUGGGAUUGAGAACCUCCAUCUAAAUUCACUUUCAGUGUAUGAAAAAAAAGAUGUAAUGAAAAUGAAUGCUGAUUGAGGUUGUCAUUCUGUCUAACAUCUCCUUUUGUGUCCCAUGGAAAAAACAAAAGUCAUACAGCUUUGAAACAUCAUGAAGGUGAUUAAAUGAUGACACAAUUUUCAUUUUCGGGUGAGCCUUUUGUUUUAGCCUUUUGUUUUACUCCAUAAAAGGAAUUGCUAUGCAUUGAUUGCAAAGAAAUGUCCUGACAUUUCAUUAUGAUUUCAAACAAAAAGCAAACAAUGUUUUGCAAUGAAGAAAACUUUAGUAUUCUCUCUGUGUUCCAGUUCAAGCAGUCAAACUCUCUCCUUUUAUACUAUGCAGCUAACAGCACUGCACAUUUCUUCCAUCCUUUGAAUAUACAUGUAGUCCGGAUGCCUCUCCCCCACCUUGAGCCGUGGCCACGAUAGGGGCCGUUUGAUCUCUCAUCGUCUAAUCAUGCAUGAUUUCGCUGUGGCUUGUCUGCUCUUGUCACCUUGGGUCUUAUCCAUGACACAGGAAGUUACUCUUUUGUACUCUUCUUUUCCAUACAGCUUUGCAGUCACCAAGUGAAUUCCAAUGAAUGUACACAUGUAUUUGCUUGUAAAUAAGAUACUGCUAUUAAAUGUCUCUGGUGUUCAAA